CAAAACCUACUGAAAAGUAAACUUCCGGCGAUCGAACACAGACAUUUCAGGCUAGAUGACAUAGCAAAACAAAUGGUGAAGAUUUUAAGCAAUGGGGAUAUCGUCCCAGAUAAUGACCCUAGAGCGUCAGCAGGACAGAGCAAUUCAUCAAGUUCCCAGCGGCCUCGCCAACGACAGGGGUUUGUGCAACAUGAUGAGGCUGGACCACAACUGUAUGGGCAGCAAGUUUCAAUAUUUGAGACGGCCAAUCAGAAGUUACAUGGAUUAGGGAUCCCCUCCUGGAAUCUCGGACAAUACACUGUACAGCCGAUAGUCACUGUCGGCUGUCUCGUUGCACUGAUGGUGUUUGGACUUCCCGGGAUAAUCUUUGCAGCCGUUCUAUUUUUCGUUGUUAAAUGGAGUCAACAAAACACAGCACAACAGAACCCACUUGGUGGUCAAGGACAGUCAAGGGGAAAUAACUGGGGUGGGGGUGGCACUGGGCAUCGCCUAGAAUGAAAUGGGGAAAUGGAAUGGGGGAGGGAUCAAAAAGACAUGUCCUUUUGGGGUGUAUCAAUGUAUAAAACUUUGCUUGUCUGUAUUUGAAAUGUGAUCUAUUUAUAACACAUGUAAAAAAACGUUUUUUUCAGAAUUAAUCAUUAUUUCUUUAUAUAGCUAACCUGAAUGAAGUUAAUAAAGAAAUGAUAACAAAAAUGUUUUUUUCUCCUCAGUAAUCCUACAUGUGCAUUAUAUUUUCAAUGCAUAUUAAUUAGAUAAUUGGUUAUAAUAAGUGAGUUUUAAGACACAUUGAAUUGAAAAGGUGUUACUUUGAGUAUUCAUCUUUUAGAUAUUUUCAGUGUCAGAGACAACAUAUCAAAUGUAUGCAUUUUGUUGACCGUAUCUCAUACCAAUUUCAGUGUUUGAAUUAAUUGAACAUGUCCAAAUUAAAGGAUUUCUUUUUUCGAUUUAGUCAAAUUAUUUUCAUGAUUUUAGAUCCUUGCAAUAUUCUGUGUGCUAUAUGUAUCACUAUUCUCUAGUAUUUACUGUAAUAUGAUUAUUUUUCAAGUAUCUGUAAAUCUUUAUUGCGAUUUUAUAUCAAAAUGAAGCUUGUUUCACAUACAGUAGUACAGGUUGCUUUAUUGGUGUUGGGAUUUACAUUUGAUUUGUCUAUAUAUACGCAGAACAACAAAGACUUAUGAUUAUGACAAUGAAUGAGUUCAGAUAUUUUGCAUAACUUGCAUUCAUUUUAUCAGUUAGGGAUAUCAGUUUUAUAUUGCUAAGCCCAUUAAAUGUUGAAUAUAUAGAAAUUUUGCCACAAAAUCAGUGAAAAUGCACUAAGAUAUUCGCUGCAGUACUAUACAGUAACAGACUGCUAUUACAAAUUAAUGUACUUUCUCAGUGAUCAUCACAUUGUUAACUUAAAUUAAAUGUACAUAGUACUACUGGAAGUAUAUUGAAAGGAUUUUUUUACAAUUUUAUUUUCCCAAUGGAGUCAAUUUAUUGAUUUUUCUAUUCAGAUCUUGUCCAAACGAGGAAUAAUUAUAAAUCAUUGCUGAAUAUUAUUUCAUGUAAAGUCUAAUUCAAAAGUAUGUGUAUCAUAAUGAGUGUAUAGCCUAUCACAUACAGAUCUAUGAACUUAAGGUCACAUGAUGGGGUCAAAGGUUAAAGCAUCAAAUGUUUUUUCAGACAUUAACAAAUCUGUUGAAUAUAUAUUUCAUGAAAAUGUGUAAAUAUUCAUAUCAAUUUUUCAAGACUGUUUUGCAUACUGAAGAUAGCUAAAUGUCAGAGCUCGAAGGUCAUGGCCACAGCAAGGGGUCAAAGGUCAAAAUCCUGACAGCACUAAUGAACGGACUGUAAAGAAAAAAGGAGCAUAAUGAAGGUUUUUUUGAACCAAUCAAAUCGUAAAACUAGGUCUUCAAAUAAGCUUCAGCUUAAUUAGAGUUAAGCUGCCAAAUACCUGUGAUUUAUUUGUGUUUGAAUUAUCUCCCUUUAAAAAGUUCCAUCAUACGUAUUGAUGGAUGCAAACUUUUGUACUUGUCAAGAUUGUUUUACACAUCAGUAUCUGUGGCUCUCUAUUGAAAGGAGGUUUAAAAUAUGUAACAGUAAAGUAAUGUCAAGCCUUAAGUUAUGCUAUGAUGAAUGUUAUAUACAGGUGUGGAGCAUUUCAGUGAAGGUCAAGUUUAUAAGACUUUUUCAUGCCCAGGGGUGUAGAAACUCCACCUGAGGUUUUCAAAUUUGGUAAAAACACAAGGCUUUGCCGAGGGUUUUGACAAGUUUGAAAACCUCCCGAAGGGAUUUUCCCUAUCCUUCACCCUUGGGCAUGAAAGAAUAUUUUUCUCUCAUUCCAACUAACAGAAUAAACAGAAGAAAACAUGAAAAUUCAUUUAAGACUGGCUUCCAUUUUGAAAAUACCAAUUUUUCCCCCAAGCUUUUUUGAUGAAAACGAAGCUGUCAGUGAAAUUUAGCUUCCCCAUAUUUGCAAACAGAGUUUUGUGCAGAAAAAUCAAUCUCAUCUCGCUAACAUGUACAGUAAUUACAUCAAAAAAGGUUUUAAUUUCAUCACUUCACUUUUCUGCAUUUGGGCAUCAGUGUUUUUCAAAUUCGUGACAUCACGUCAUUGUAGAGCCAUUGUGACAUCACGACCUUACACACAGGGAAAUGAGAGAAAUAGUUUUAUUUAAAAUUUAUUCAGGGAUAUAUACAGCAGUAAUUUGUAACAAAAUGAAAUCGAAGUAAAUUAUGAAUUAAAAUCU